AUGAAAUCCUUCUACUGGGCUCUCUCUGCGCUCAGUCUUUCUCUAGGGCAGGCUGCAGGCUAUCUGGUUAGCCCGGCCGGCACUGCUGCCCCAGGAAGUAAUGAGGAUUGCAGUCUUUGGUAUCGAUAUGUGGAGGGAUCGGAUUGUGAGGCGGUCGAGGUGCUAUAUGAAAUUACCGCCACAGAGUUCGAGGAAUGGAAUCCGAUCGUGACGGAGACUGGCUCAGGCUGUCAAAUGCUUCCUGAUUUGUAUUACUGCGUGGAGGUGAACUUUGUCGCUGGCACUUACUUGCCCUCAAGUUACCUUACUGCCUCUUUUGCCUCCGUGCCAGCUGGAGUCUACACUUGGAUCCCGUCUACGACUGCAACUUCUACUGCCGAGUUGAAUCCAACCUCUGCUACCGAGUUGAGUACGGCCUCUACUACCGAGUUGAGUACAACCUCUGUUCUAUCCUCAACCGCCUCUCGCACCGGUCUUUCUUCUUCGACCGCCACAUCCAUCGGCUCAACAACAACCCCCCUUCCCAUCCAGACCGGCAUGGUGAGUGACUGUGUUUAA